UAUACAUUCAUCAUUUCACAUAUAUGGUUGAAGAUGGCCACAAUGUGAAAGUGUAGCCUUAUGUGUAAAUGUUCAUCAAACUCGGCUCACUUGUCGCCGAUCUGUCGGCUCUUCAUCAAACUCUGUCAAAAACCAAACAAUUGCAUGCUUUGAUCGCCAAAACCCAUCUUUCAAACGACCCAUUUUACGCAACCAAAAUCAUAAGAUUCUACGACAUCAACAACGACCUUGUCUCUGCCCGCAACCUGUUCGACGAAACGCCCCACCGGAGUGUCUUUCUCUGGAACUCCAUAAUCCGAGCUUGCGCCCGAUCCAAUAAGUUCAAUGAUGCCCUUUGCCUUUUCAAGCAGAUGCUUAGCUCAGAAACGAAGCCCGAUCACUUCACAUUUGCCUGCAUUUUACGCGCCUGUGCUGAAGACUUUGAUUUAGUAGGAUUGAGACUAGUCCAUGGAAGAGUGGUAGUUUUGGGCUUAGCUUGGGACUCCUUCUUAGGCAGUGCACUUGUUGCUGCUUAUUCAAGACUGGGACUAGUUGAUGAAGCGAGCAUUGUGUUCAAUGAAAUACGUGAACCAGAUUUAGUUUUGUGGAACUCAAUGAUUUCUGGUUAUGGAAGCUGUGGGUAUUGGGGUAAAGCUUUAGAAUUGUUUAGUAUGAUGAGAAGGAUGGGGAAACACCCGGAUGGCUAUACUUUGGUGGGGGUGAUCUCGGGUUUGUCGGACCCCUGCUUGUUGGAAAUUGGCCAAGGGAUUUAUUGUUUUUGUUUGAAAACCGGUUUUGAUUCUCAUGCUCACGUAGGCAGCGUACUUGUGACCAUGUACUCGAGAUGCAAGUGUCUGGAUUCAGCGCUGAGACUUUUCGAUGGUUUAUCGCAGCCUGAUCUUGUUACUUGGUCUUCUUUGAUAACUGGGUUUUCUCAAUCGGGGAAACCUGAAAUGUCAUUGGUUUUCUUCAAGACAAUGAACGAGGAAGGUGAGAAGGCAGAUCCCAUAUUGAUUGCUAGUUUACUUGCGGCUGCUGCUCAAUUAGCAAUGAUCGGGCCAGGCAGCGAAAUACAUGGUUAUGUUCUUCGACAUGGAUUUGACUCAGAAGUGCUUGUAUCUUCUGCUCUUGUUGACAUGUAUUCCAAAUGUGGUUUCUUGCGCUUGGGGUUUAAAGUUUUUGAAACUAUGCCGGAAAGGAAUACCGUUUCAUACAAUUCAGUGAUUUCCGGCCUUGGUUUGCAUGGACUUGCUUCCACGGCCUUUGAAAUUUUCAAUGAGAUGCUAGAAAAAGGAUUUGAACCUGAUGAAUCGACCUUUUCUGCUCUUCUUUGUGCUUGCUGCCAUGCCGGUCUUGUCAAAGAUGGUCGGGAAUAUUUCAGAAGAAUGAAAGAUGAAUUUGGCAUCAGUGCUAGAACAGAGCAUUAUGUUUACCUCGUAAAGCUUCUUGGGAUGGCUGGAGAGUUGGAAGAGGCUUAUGCUCUUAUCAAAUACUUGCCAGAACCAGUGGAUUCUAGUGUUUGGGGAGCACUCUUAUCAUGCUGUGAUGCCUUUGGGAAGUAUGAGUUGGCAGAGAUUGUAGCUCAACGGCUAUUCGGAAAUAUACCCGAGCAUAGUGCAUACAGAGUUAUGCUUUCCAAGGUAUAUGCUGGUGAUGGGAGGUGGGAUGAUGUGAGGAAAGUAAGAGCUGGUAUAAAAGGAGGGAUGACAAAGAUACCUGGGAUUAGCUGGAUUAAUCACUGAGGGGCCAAAUGGAUGUUUAAUGAAACCUUUUCUAGAGCCAACAAGUAUUGGUGUUCAUUCAGAGACAACAUUCUCAAGCUGAAUGUUUCUUCAAGAGGUAAAGCUAAGGAUGAUACUUCCUCAUUGAGUGAUUGUGUCCUAAUUUCCCUGCGCGGUGACACGGAAAUUGAGCCAAUCCCAAUUUGAUCACCUCAGCGGGGGGACAAUGUGCUACCCUUGUGAAGAUGCUUGCUCUGAUCACAAAUAGUAUUGCUAGCUGAUUUGAAGCUUGUCAGACCACAGUUUAUUCCUUUAAAUGAUGCGAAAACCUGAGACCCCCUAAUAUUUUCAUCAUAAGCUUCCCAUACAUUUGGAUAGGAGUUGGAGUUGAUUAUAGAAGCUUCAUUGUUGCUCAUCAAGUCCUUCAUAUUGAACCAAAUCUGUGGUGAUUCUACUCUGCUAGGUGCACCGGGCAAAAUAUUUUCCCAGGAAGUGGAAUGGGAAUAAUUUCAGGACGACGAAUUUAGGUGCAGACGGAUGUUUUUCCUCCUCAAGAAGGGCACCUUGUUCAUUUGCCAAUGCCGGCUUGUACAGAAAUGAGAUCAGGAGGUAAAUUUCCCCCUUCCCGGCUAUACAUAUCUCCAUUAAACACUUUUUGUUGAAGCAUAAGGUUUAGGUUGUUAAGUUUCUGUCUCCCAAUUGAGUUCAUUAACAGUUGUUCAGCUCCAUCCAUUUGGGGUGAGCUUUGUAAGGAUUGUUUUGCUGAGGAAAGAGUUUUCAAAACACUUACUUUUUAUUGAAGCAUAAGGUCUAGGUUGUUAAGUUUCUGUCUCCUAAUUGAGCUCAUUAACAGUUGUUCUGCUCUAUCCAUUUGGAGUGAGCUUUGUAAGGAUUGUUUUGUUGAGGAAGGAGUCUUCUACCUCUAAGGGUGCGUU